AUGAGUAACACGACCGUAUCUUCGCGGAGUAUGAUUCCCACCAUUCCAUCGGUGAUGUUCAUCUUCGGGGUGGUGGGGAACGUCAUUGCAAUUGUUGUGCUUUGCAAAUCCAGAAGGGAGCAGAAAGAAACUACAUUUUACACUUUAGUGUGUGGUCUUGCUGUUACGGAUCUCCUUGGAACCGUCUUAGCCAGUCCUGUCACCAUCGCCACAUAUGUCAAGGGCGCUUGGCCGGACGGGGACCCGCUUUGCCAGUAUUUUGGAUUCGUCGUGCUGUUCUUCUCACUGGCUGGACUUAGUUUGAUUUGUGCUAUGUCGAUAGAAAGGUACCUGGCAAUCAACCACGCGUACUUUUACAAUGAAAACAUCAACCAGAAAAUGGCAGGCUUAACACUCUUUGGAAUAUACGUGUCUAAUAUAAUUUUCUGCGCCUUACCGAGCAUGGGUUUUGGCGAGGUGAAAAUGCAGUACCCGCAAACGUGGUGCUUUGUUGACUGGCGGAGUAAUGUGACAAUGAACGCAGCCUAUUCCUACAUGUACGCGGGCUUUAGCUCCGUCCUCAUACUGGUCACUGUGAUCUGUAACGUGCUGGUGUGCGGAGCCCUGAUUCGGAUGCACCGCAGGUUCGUGAGGCGGACGUCGCUCGGGAGUGAACCGCCAGGACGGAGUAGCAGUGAGCUCGGGAAGAGACGCAGCUUCGGUCGGCUGGCGGGCGCAGAGAUCCAAAUGGUCAUUCUGCUGAUUUGCACAUCUGCCGUCAUCUUAAUUUGUUCAAUUCCUCUUGUUGCCCAGGUGUUCAUCAACCAGCUGUACCUGACUGAGGUGGAGAAGAGGAUCGAGAAGAACCCUGAUCUCCAAGCCAUCCGCAUCGCCUCCAUCAACCCCAUCCUCGAUCCCUGGAUCUACAUCCUCCUGAGGAAAGCUGUGCUCCUCAAACUCGUCCAGAACAUCAAGUGCCUCUUUUGCAAGGUGGGAGCCUGUCACCCCGGGCAACCUGGUGUCCAGGCAGCGAUGUUCGCCUGCCGUGAAGGCCAGCAGCAGCAGCAGCAGCUGUCCUCCAUCAUCUCCCGAGACGGAGGCUUCCUGUCUUCCUCCCACAGCUUCCGGGAGGUCAGCAGCACUUCACAGACACUUCUGUAUCUACCUGAGGGCUCAGAGAGCUACGGCUGGCACAUGGAGGUGUCGUCGAGACGACCCUCCUCCAUGGAGGACGAGACGGGUGACAGAGCGCCGCCCCUUCACGACAAUGACAAGGUAGCAUUGUCAUUAGAGGGGGACAAGGAGCAACCUCUUAACGGGACUCACGGGAGCUAUCAGACUUUCCAGAAGGAUGGCGCCGGAGAUGUGUGCGAGGGAGCUGUAAAUGAAAGGAAAGACUACAGAACAUUUGACAUCUCCUGCUGAUGUUCCCCAAGAAAGGGGAAUAAAAGAAAAACUAACUUAACAUUUUGCCCCUCUAUCCUCACCACUCUCCCAGCGUUAUGAUGCUACGAUACACUGCCUCACUUAAGCGCAGAGGCCUACUGCUUGCACAAUGCACACAGUGGAACUGAAAAUAGAAGCUGUCAUGUUCAGAGAUGGGAAGAAUGUGAGUUAUCAGAUAUUUGAAAAGGACACUGUCAAAGAUAGGAGAACUGAUAAAAAAGUGAAAGGUUAAAAUAUUAGAAAUGCUACAGGUAUUAGCACUUUUCACAGUAAUGUCAAACAAGUUUCGUGAUGAAGCGUAGCAGGGUAAAUGACUGCCGGUCAUUUGAGGCAUUUAUACAGAAAAAGUGACGUCUAUGUACAGUGCACAUCAGUAAU